UAGAUUUUCUAAAUCUAAACCUAAAACGUAAGUGCGCCUUAUGAUGAAUAGGGAGCUGAAUGAAGAAGCACUGCAGGAACUCUACGCAUGGAUCGAUAAAAUCAAACUCUCCAGACCUAAAAGAAAUAUCUCACGCGACUUCAGUGAUGGAGUUAUGGCUGCUGAAGUUGUGAAGCACUUUUUCCCCAAGAUGGUGGAACUACACAACUACACACCCGCACACUCCACUCAACAAAAACUGAUUAACUGGAACACACUGAACAGGCAAGUUUUUUCCAAGCUGAAUUUCCAUGUACCAGUAGACACUUUAAAAAAGAUCACACUCAGCACCCCCGGCAGCAUAGAGCCGGUUCUGUGUGCUCUCAGAGAGAGAUUAGAGGACAAACAAGUUUCAGAUGGCACUCAGAAUUUGGAGUACUACAGCACUGUAAAUGAGAAAGCACAAACAGAAAAUGACCACAGUGCUCUUGAGAAAAUUCAUAGGACAGCAGGUCCUUUUAAAAAGUCACAGAAAUCUAACCCUCUUAUAAUACCAAGUGAAAAUGUAGAUCCGGCUAUCCUCUUGCUUUUGGAGGAGAAGGAGCAGGCUCUGUUGGCUUUACAGGAGACUGUAGAGAUUUUACAAAUGAAAGUGAACAGACUAGAGCAUCUGGUUCAUCUGAAGGAUCUACGUAUUGAAGACCUGACUAAGCACUUGGAGAGGUACAAGGCCGGCAAGAACAUUCCAUGAAUACGAGUACGACAAACACACACAAAAAAAAAAAUCAUACAAGGGCUGAAAAAGACAUCACACUGUUGUGCUUUCUGUCCCUUUUCUUCUUUAAAUCAUCUUAUUCCUCACUCUGUAAUGCUGUCACUGAUGAUCAAAACUACAUUCUAAAUGUAGUAAUCACAAUGAAUAAUGCUUUUGCUUAUUAUUGAUCCACAUAAUCAGGCUGUAUAUACUUUAGGGAUUACAUGAAAAUUAUUGCAUUUAAACUUAUUUGUUUUCCAAAAUGUUUUUGCAUUGUUGUUUUUGCAUGUUUCUGUAGCUGCCUGUAAUAUUUUUGUAAAUAUAGUGUUUGGCAGUAGAUUAUGUGACAUCAGCUUGUAAAUUGAGAUUUAUUAAAUUUGUAUGUUUCAUUGAAAUCUCAUUAAGUUGGUUCUUUAGGUUGAUUUUAUCUAAAUUAAAACAGACUAGACAGAACAUGAUAAAAUAAAG